AUGCUCCUGAUAGGCCUUACCGGCUCCAUCUCGACGGGAAAAUCCACCGUGUCAAGCAUCCUCUCAAAGGACCAUGCACUCCCGAUAAUAGACGCGGACCAGCUCGCACGGAAGGUGGUGGAAGUGGGCACACGGGGACACUCUUCCAUAGUGAGGCACUUUUCUGAGAGCACCCCGGGCCUGCUGAACGGGGACGGGACGCUGAACCGGGCGGUCCUAGGCCGGCGCGUCUUCGGCGACGAUGCUGAGAGGAGGAAGGAUCGGGCGGUGUUGAACGGGAUUGUGCACCCGCUCGUCAAGAAGGAGAUGUUGGCUUCUACCUCCCCACCCCUUGUGGGCUUUUGUUGACAUGGGGGACAUACCGUAGGUAUAAAUCGAUAGCAUACCACUACCUCUCCGGCGCCUGGGCUGUCGUCCUGGACAUCCCGCUACUCUUCGAGUCCUCCUUGGACCUGAUCUGCGGCGCGGUCCUCGUCGUCUCCGUUUCCUCCCCGGCGGUGCAGCUAGAGCGAUUACUCGCCCGCGAUAACCACCUCACGCGCCAAGACGCGGAAAAGCGUGUGGCAUCGCAGAUGAGCAUUCAGGAGAAGGUGGAGCUGUGCGAUAGGGUUUUUGGCGGUGCGCGAGCAAGGGGAGCGGCCAUCCCGAAUGAUGGGAGUCUCGGUGAGCUGCGGGAGGAGGUUUCGAGGGUUGUGAAUGGGUUGAAGGGGGGCAGGGAUGGGUGGUGGAAGUGGAUGCUUUGGGGGCUACCCCCGGUGGCUGGGGCUGUUGGAGCGAGGGUUCUGGCAGAGAAUUGGUGGUGGAGGGAAUGUUGGCACCGGGAGAGGGAGGGGAUUAAGGCGAGGUUGUAG